GCGGCUGCCAGUGGCGCUGCUGGCUCGGCGGGGACGCCUUUCGCGGGGGGACCUUCCGGCGCCGGGCCAGGAUGGCGACGGACGCUCCCUGCGAGCUCCCGGCGGUGCCGGCGGGCGGGCUGAGCCUGGGCCGGCCUCCCGCGGCGCCCUUCCGCCGCUGCAGCCCUUCCAGGGCCGCCGCCCCGUCGAGCGGGGGGCCUCCCGCGGCGCUGCCCGGGAAGUGGGUCCGGCUGAACGUGGGCGGCACCUGCUUCCUCACCACCCGGCAGACCCUCUGCAGGGACCCCCGGAGCUUCCUCUUCCGCCUCUGCCAGGCCGACCCGGACCUCGACUCCGACAAGGAUGAAACAGGUGCCUAUUUAAUAGACAGAGAUCCAACCUACUUUGGACCGGUACUGAACUAUCUACGACAUGGGAAACUGGUUAUCAAUAAAGACCUUGCAGAGGAAGGUGUGCUUGAAGAAGCUGAAUUCUAUAACAUCACAUCCUUAAUUAAACUCGUGAAGGACAAGAUAAGAGAAAGAGACAGUAAAAUCUCACAGGUGCCAGUCAAGCAUGUUUACAGGGUGCUCCAGUGCCAGGAAGAGGAAUUGACCCAGAUGGUCUCCACCAUGUCUGAUGGCUGGAAAUUUGAACAGCUAGUGAGCAUUGGAUCAUCCUAUAAUUAUGGGAAUGAAGACCAGGCGGAAUUCCUCUGCGUUGUCUCCAAGGAGCUGCACAACACGCCCUAUGGCACAGCCAGCGAGCCCAGCGAAAAAGCAAAGAUUUUGCAGGAACGAGGUUCGAGAAUGUAAUUAUGUCAUAGUAUUGAAUACAGAAGAUUGUUUUAUUUGCAUCACCAUACGACGAGGCUUGGCGCCAAGUAGAAGUCUCUUGUGCAGACAAGAUGGAUUUGUAAUCUUUGAAAAUGUUGUGGCCGGAGCAGGCCUGUGUUGCUGCUUCGUUCUGAUGCUGGAUCUGAUUCCUGGUUGUGCUGAUGGAGAUCCCACGGAAGGACUAGGCUCUACUGUAUACUUUUGCCCUGUAGAGCUGCAGCACUUUCUCCAGUGCCAGCCAGACGAAGUUGUGCUGGUUUGUGGGAAGUAAUUGGGGGGUUAGUUACUGCAGGUGGUUCAAGGACAACAUAUUGGUGCUACUCCAGUCCGUAUACAGGCCUCUGUUACUAGCAGCCUCUGUGAACUUCUCCUAUACAUUCCUUUGCGGUUCUAAUGUAAGAAUGUUUUAGGGAAUAAGUAUUCCUCUGUCAGGUUAAAUGAAAUAUGUGUUUCCUAAUUCCUCUCCCCUCUUCCCUUUGCUUCCUUUGUUACCCAAAGGGGAGAAGUCUCUUUUUGCCUGCAUUUCUAGAGUUGGCCUUCAGAUUGCUUGAUCUUACAAAUGUCAACAUUCAGUUUGACUACACUUAAGGAUUGAAGGCCAGAUUUGUUUACAAAUGAUAUGACAUCUUGUCUUUCAAAUACAUGGCUACCCACCAUGUUUUUUGAAAAUAUCUGCAAAUAUUGAGAGUGGAAAGCUGAAAUUAGGCCUCAGAUUUUAAUCUUAAUGGCUGCUCAGUGCAGAAGUUUGGGAAUGAAGGUCUGUGUGCCCUAAAGCAUAGAAUUUAGGCAGCAGAAAGUGGGAAUUCUUCUGAUUCUUAAACAGAUGUUUACAGUUAUUUCUAUAUUCUUAUCUAUGCAGUUCUUUCUAAUGUUUUGGCAAAUACUGCCAAAAUGAACCAUAGUUUCAUUAAGAGAAGCUUCUAGUAAAUGUGAAAAAACACAACUGGAUCUUUUUAGAGCACUGUGUUUAAAUGGAACUCUUGGCACGCCUUUCAGAAUAGUUUAAAGAGGAAUUGGCCAAACUUCUCUUUGUUCUUUAGAAAGGUGUCCCUGCUUGUUUGAGGCUCUAUAGCAUUUUACCCAUAUUUUAAACUUUCAUUAAACAAGUUACAUAGUACUUUUUUUAUAAUCCACAUGUACUGUCUCAAAUGUCUGCCUGCAUUUGGAGAUGGCAUUAAGAGCACAGAAGAUCGCAAGGCCUCCUCAGUACUUUUGAAAGAUGCUGAAUUGAUUAAAGUGUAAUUACAUAGAAUAGCUGUACAUACACAUACACUCCCUGAGUAUUCCUAGUCAGGAUCCAUGUUUUACUUCUGAGUUUUUGUGUCUAUCACCAGUUUUUCCCCUGAAAGAAGUAUUGCUUUGAGAAGUACUGAGAAACAGGUUUGUGUACAUGGCCAUGCCUCUUGGUAAGGUUGCCACUGAACUGACCUUGGCUGUGGAACAUUCUAGAAGACAAAUCAAGUGGCUUGAAGGAUUAUCAGUAUACCUUCUCUAAAAGAUGGUGCUUAGAAUCCUACCUGCCCAGCUUCUUUUUGAACCACUUGAAGUUAUUAGUAAUUAGCCAGCUCAUUAUCAAUGCCAGCCUGAAAGGGGAGAGCAGCCAAGCUGAGGAUGGGGCAGGGGAGCCUCUUCACACGGCUGUGCAUCCCCUUCAGCACGAGCUCAAGGGCUGGCUUUGGAACAAGUGAGUUGUUCCUCCCUCCCCCUUUCCAUUUCUGAAGGUGGCCUUGGAAGAGCAGGGAGGGGAGGGGAACGUUGACACGGAUUCGCUUUUGAAUAGCAGGCAGUUCAGAAGGGCUAUUUUUCUGGAGGAGCUUAAAUCCAGGCAAAAUACUUCCUUUGCGCUCAUUUUGGUGUGAUUUCUUGCUGAGUUGGGGAUGGGGGUGGGAGUAGUAUGUGAACAAUAUAACAUCACAUUUAAAGUUUAUAACUCAAAUUAACCUAAAAAGCAUGGAAUUUUUCUUUGUAUUCUUCAAGAUUAUGUAAUCUUAUAGGGCAUGAAGCUUUGCUUCCUGGAAAAAACAGUUUAAAACAAUCCAUUAACCAUUGAUUAUCACUCUUUUAUGGUAGUAUCUUCCCACGUUGUCUUCCUCAUUUCAACAAACACUGUUAUAGAAUGUUGAUGGUCUUACCAAGGGAAUUGGGUAGAUUUUAAUAACUUAAAUUGACACUUGUCUUUGAAGGCAUUUGCACUGAUUCUGGAUUCUGAAUGAUAAACGUUGGUGUUAGCAAA